UUUUGUACAAUUAUACGAAGUAAGAAUAAACUGUUAUUAUAGUAUACUAUAGAUUUGAAAGCGAAACAUGAGAUGUCCAGACACCUGCUUCAUAUUGUUUGCAUACUAGGGAUACCCCAUCUGAUUCCAAUCAGUGGCACUGGGACAGUGGAUCAGAAACUUAGUAUGUCUCAUAAAGAAGCCUCGUCUUGGUCGAGAAUGCAGAACGACUUGAGCCCGAGACAUUACAAUAGACUAUAUGAUGCCUAUCGGGAGCGUUUAAAGGGAGAGGGAAGCGGUAAUGCAGAUGUAGAGGCAAAAAUGGAUUCAAAGGAUCCAGUACCACCUCAAAGAGAUCUCACUUCUUUGCCCAAGAAAACCGAAAAACUAAUGGCCAAAGAGAAAGGUGCUUCAGAACUUUCCAAUAUCAAAUUCGAUGCCACCGAUGAUCGAACCGUGACAUCAGGAAACUGUCUUGCACGUCUUCCAUAUGCGAAUAGAGAAAAUAAAAGUGUUAAGGCUGUCGUCGAAGUCGCUAAUGCAGAAGUCGAAGAUAAACCCCUGGUAAGUAGUAUGAUUUUGCUGAAACUGGAUGUGCCCGAAGAUAUGCUUCGAGUUAAAGCACCUGAGAAGGUCAAGGAUCCGGGAGAACGUCGAAUCUUCGAGCUCCAUCGCAUAUACAACGACUUCUUGAAAGCCUGGCGAAAGCCAACACCAAGCUUGACCUCCUCCAAGUCGGUUCCAGCGAAAACUCCAAGCUCCUCGGGUUCUGUGAAAUUAAGUGCAUUAUCGGAUUUAAUGGAUGUGAUAGAACGUCUUCAGAAAAGCGAUUUAGUCAGGGAGUUGGCCGAAAAAAUAAACCAAGAAAUGGAACCCAAUUUGCAGAAUCAAAUCAAGCAGGAUGCUCUUCUGGUAACAGAUAGCAGAGCCUCAUUGAGAGCUAUAAAGGAAAAUGAUCUAUCUGGGAUCUUUGAAAAUGUGGAGCCCGGAAGUGCCACCAAUGCCUUCAAAAGGUUGCUAGAUGAUAUCAACUCUAGAAGAUCCAGCAUUAAGGCUGGUGGACUUUACGAUGAGUACAAGAAGGGCUUCUGUCAGCUAUUCAGUGAUCAUAAAUUUCCCCGAGAAUCCCAAAUUACCAGUGAAGCGGAUUAUCCUUUGGAUAGCGAGUCGUGUCGCAGGACAAACGGCGAGGACAUCCUUCACAGUCAGUGUGAGAAACAAAACGCCACUACUGUUGAAUGCGACCAGCCAGAAAGUAAGCCCACAACCAAGAUCUGUGUUCCGAUUGAAAAACCCAUCUCAAGCAAUCAGUGUGACAAACCAAAGGCGACUACGCCAAAAUGUAAGCAACCAGAAAGUAAAACCGCAACUACAACCGCAACUACAAGCUGUGUUCCGAUUGAAACUCCGAGGCAAAACCAUAACUAUCUGAAGGCCCUGGAAACAUUUAUCAAAAUGAACAAGGAAAGUAAUCAGAACGGCGGCCUAAAACCGUAUUAUCUACCAAACUCCAAAAAUCGUCAGCUGGUGUGGAAUGAUAUUCCAUUGAUAAAGCCUGGUCUCAAUGAAUCGCCCAAGAACACUUUCGAGAGUAAGCCGCAAUUCAAGACCGAACAAAAGCCCGAUAAGUUAACUUACUCUAGACCUGAUUUCAAAACAGAAACCAAAGUGUUUGAGUCUGUUCCAAAAACACAAGCCAUAAAUCCUUGGCAAUCGGUUUUCUCUGGACUGGAUCCCAAACAGAUAAUUGGUGGGUUAAAGGCCAUCAAGCAUUCGUCAUUCUUUAACUUGGUGGAUGAGUAUCAGAAGCAAAUCGAUAGCCUCAAUCAGGCGUUGAAAACAAAGCAGAGUUGGUGGAAGGAGGUCCUAGAGAGAGCAAAACAGCCUGCCAGGACACCCAUUAAAAGGAAUAUACUCAUGAAUAAUACUCCAGCUGGAUCCGUUUUGCAAACACCAUUUCCCGAGGUUCUAGUCAAUCAGCCGGGCAGUAGUAAUGUCAUUGAUAAGAUGGCCACCCAAAUGAACCUCUCACCUUUGGAGGUGGCUCAAAGGAUUGUGGGAACAGGUCAAAGCUCUGUCGAUGGCAUUAUGAGAUAUACACCUAGUCGUAUACAACCAGCAAGUCAGAUCGGAACUAGCUUCAAAAAGGGUUCAGAGGUCAUGUGCCAAGUCCCAAGUCCAGCAACACCGUCGCCGCAACAACAGCCAGAGGAGCAGACGGGGAUUUCCCCGGUUCUAGAUAAGAUCCUGGAACGAUUGGAGAACAUACAGGCCACCAAGUGCAAUCAAUCGUCGGAUGAGGAGGAGGAGAAGAAGCUGCCUUGCUGCUUCGUGGAUCCAGCUGAUGGUGCCCCCUGCGAUCUGAAUGGUUCCUGGGAAUCUCAAGUCCUUGGCAUUCGCAUAAACAUCAAGUCCCCGCCCACAGCACCAGAUGGUGGGGAAAUGGAAAAGCCCACCUGUUCCCAACACAAAGAUCGUUCCUAUCACCGAACUAAGCGGCAGUGCGUCAAGAUGAACAAGUCGCAGUUAAAGGAUGCGACCGAAUCGAAAACCCCCAAUUACCAAGGCAUUAAACUCAAUAUCAGUGUGCAGGAGACAGUGCCUCCAAGAGUUCACGAUCUGCUGGAUAAUCUCACCGAUUGGCAUUUCUCGGGGCAAACUGUGAUGGUCCUGGGUGGUCCAAUUUCGCUAUCAUUCCGCAAGGCGAAUUCCAAUCUGAUCGGACACUUUGUUGGCUAUUGUCGCACCUGCGGCUGUGUGGACACCAUUUUCGGCUCCUGGAGCUUCUGUCAGCCGUCGCGCGAUUGCCAGGACAUCUGCAUGUCGAUUGUGGACAGACGGGAUAUGCUGCGACGAUACAGCAUGGAUGAGCGGCGCAAGAAUCGGUUCAAGGAGCUGCUCUACAUGGGCAGCAAGUUCGCCAAAAUGGAAAAGGAGCGCCAGCAGGCCGAGCAGGAAAAGUGCCACAGACUUGAGCCACAAGCCGCAGGUGAAGCGAAUGCGAAUAUGCCCAAAACCAUUGGUCAAAGUUGAUUUUACAAUUUAUUUUUACUUACUUUAGUUACUUUUUAUUUUUUAUAAUUUUUAAGCA